CCGCUGGGCUUGAGGGGCGGCGGGUGGUGGGCGGAGGGUGGUGUUUCCGCGGGUCGGCGGCUACUGAGCUGCUCAGCCGUCCGCAGAAAGCCCGUCCGCCGAGGUGGAGCGAAGCUUUUCUCCGCCGCCGCCGCCCUCUCCGCCCUCGGAGCUCUCCCAGGAUACCUCAGAUUUCCCUGGAGUCCGGAGCUCUAGGGGGGCGCGCUCGGCCCUCCUUUUCCUCUUCAGCCUGCGCCGCGAGCGGCUGCCGGCCUGGCCAGCACCUCGCGUGUGGGACCUUAUCCCUUAGCCUCAAUGCCCGUGCGAGAAGAGUUGAGUGGGUGCCGGUGGUUGGAGCUGUGCAGGUGUCCCCCGGUGGCAAGUGUGGCCACGGCACCGGGCGCUAUUAAGUUUUAUGCGCGCACGUUGCAAGGACUGUGUGUGAGUCUGGUAAUAUUCGUAGGUUACAGAGAUUAAGAAGUGACUUAUCUUCCUUUGGGGCAGCAUUAAGCCCAAUACAGUCUGGAAGCCUCAGUUACUGAAAAUGGAUGUGAAAGUGAAUCAAGAGCGAGGCAGCAUUAGAAUGGUUUCAUCUGGGAAUAGUAUUGUUACGAGCAGUAACUUUACAACAGAAAUCUCUUGGUUUGAUUUUGGCAGGGUAUAAUUUGGUAUCCUGAGUGUCUGUCUUAGCAAGAAGGAAGUGGAAAAUACUCUUGAAAAGAAAACUAAGACAAUAAGGAAGCCAGAACUUACUUUUACAUGGUGAUUUGCUCACUUAACAGUAUGGACACUUUUCCCACCGCAUUUCCUCCUGGUGGAGACAGUGGGCUGACAUAUUCUCAGUCCGAGGUGCAAAAAAUGUUAAUUGAUGAAAGGUUACGAUGUGAACAUCAUAAAACUAACUAUCAGACUCUUAAAGCCGAACACACAAGGUUGCAAGAUGAGUACAUAAAGUCACAAAAUGAACUCAAGCGCCUAUUAAAUGAAAAGCAAACUCACCAGGAAAAAUUUCAGCUGCUGCUUGAAGAGCUACGAGGGGAAUUAGUAGAGAAAACUAAAGACUUAGAAGAAAUGAAACUGCAGGUGUUAACUCCACAAAAGUUGGAACUGUUACGAGCCCAGAUACAACAAGAAUUAGAAACUCCAAUGAGGGAACGUUUUAGGAAUCUGGAUGAAGAAGUGGAAAAGUAUAGAACAGAAUAUAAUAAACUCCGCUAUGAACAUACAUUUCUUAAAUCAGAAUUUGAACACCAGAAAGAAGAAUUUGCACGUCUUCUACAAGAAGAAAAAAUAAAAUGUGAAUCAGAGAUUGCAGGACUGGAGAAAGAUAAAGAAGAACUACAUAAUCAACUGCUUAGUGUUGAUCCCACAAGAGACAGCAAACGAAUGGAACAACUUGUUCGAGAAAAAGUCCAUUUAUGUCAGAAAGUAAAAGGCUUAGAGGCUGAGGUAGCUGAAUUAAGGGCUGAAAAAGAAAAUUCUGGUGCUCAGGUAGAAAAUGUCCAAAGAAUCCAGGUACGGCAGUUGGCUGAGACGCAGGCUACAGUCAGAUCCCUGGAGGCUGAAAAACAGUCAGCGAAACUACAGGCUGAACGCUUGGAAAAAGAGCUACAAUCAAUCAAUGAACAAAAUACUGUUUUAAUUAGUAAAUUGCAUAAAGCUGAACGGGAAAUAAAUACAUUGACCAGUAAAGUAAAAGAACUUAAACAUUCAAACAAACUAGAAAUAACAGACAUCAAACUGGAGGCAGCAAGAGCUAAGAGUGAGCUAGAAAGAGAAAGGAAUAAGAUUCAAAGUGAACUAAAUGGGUUACAGUCAGACAAUGAAAUUCUCAAGUCAGCUGUUGAACACCACAAAGCUCUCCUAGUAGAAAAGGAUCGUGAAUUAAUACGUAAAGUACAAGCUGCCAAGGAAGAAGGUUAUCAAAAACUCGUGAUAUUACAAGAUGAAAAGCUAGAGCUUGAGAACAGAUUAGCGGAUUUAGAAAAAAGGAAAGUGGAACAUGAUGUCUGCAGACAAUCUGAAAAGGAUCAGUGUGAAGAGAAAUUGCGAGCUUCACAGAUGGCAGAAGAGUCGGCCAGAAGGGAACUUCAGAGUAUUAGGUUAAAACUUCAGCAACAAAUUGUGAAUAUUGAAAAUGCAGAGAAAGAAAAAAAUGAAAAUGCUGACCUGAAACAGCAAAUCAGUAGUUUGCAGAUCCAAGUGACCUCACUUGGACAGUCAGAGAAUGAGUUGCUGAAUUCAAACCAAAUACUGAAGGAAAUGGUAGAGAGGUUAAAACAGGAAUGCCGAAAUUUAAGAAGCCAAGCUGAGAAAGCACAACUAGAAGUUGAAAGGACUUUGGAAGAGAAACAGAUACAGUGGUUGGAAGAAAAGCAUAAAUUUCAGGAACGUCUCACUGACAGAGAAGAAAAGUAUAAUCAAGCUAAAGAAAAACUGCAGCGAGCUGCAAUUGCCCAGAAAAAGAGAAAAUCCCUUCAUGAAAACAAAUUGAAGAGACUGCAGGAGAAAGUAGAAAUCUUAGAGGCAAAGAGAGAAGAAUUAGAAACAGAAAACCAGGUGUUAAAUAGACAAAAUGUUCCAUUUGAAGAAUAUACAAGGCUUCAAAAAAGACUAAAGGACAUACAGAGAAGACAUAAUGAAUUUCGAAGUUUAAUUUUGGUUCCUAACAUACCUCCAACAGCAUCCAUCAAUCCUUUUAGUGUUCAGUCAUCAGCCAUGGUUCCAGGCAUGGACUUGUCGUUUCCUCCUCAUAUGCAGGAGGAACAGCAUCAAAGGGAACUCUCUCUACUUCGCAAAAGACUAGAAGAACUAGAAACAACACAAAGGAAGCAACUAGAGGAACUUGGAUCUCCUGGGGAAUGAUGUUCAUGGAAAAAAGAUCAAAAGGGAUGAAAUCACUGUGACUCAAUAAAGCUUGAAGUUUUAACGUAUGUGGCAUUUAGAUACUGUAUUCCUGUUUGCCAGAACAUUUGUGCCUCAAGAAAAGGUACCAGCUACAUGAUACAUUGCAUCAGUGUCAGGACUUUAGGAUUAUACCCAGGAUAAGUGAAACAUUAAAACCCCUUCAGAGAUGUUUAUUGACAACUCUUUUGAGAAUGUUAGAAAAGAAAAAAAAAAUUAGAGAAUCAAGUUGUUAAAUUAUUUUAUUAAUUUCACUUGUUGAAUUUUUUUUUUUUUUUUGGCAUUUUACCUGGAAUAUGCCCAUGUUUGAUUCCUUCUGCCACUUUGAGAUGCUUGGCAGUAACGGGCAGUAAACGUUCUGCAGUUUACCGUAUACAAGAGGUCUAAACCUCGUUCU